GUUUUUCAGAAGCUCUCAUAUGCCUUGAUGUCUUCUUGUGAAGCUCAUGGCUAGUGAUAAUGAAACAAAAACAACAGAGCCAACAACAGAGAUGUCCUCUAGUCACGGAGCCUUCCCCAGUUUUAGUUUCCCCCACGACCCAAAACCAACAGAUGAGACCACCGGGCAAAGACACCACUUGUUUCAGGAAUACGGUCUGUAUGAGGCAGUAGAUUUGAGAGAUGGACCAGACGGUCUGGAAACUUUGGCAAGAAAGUGUCAUGGGACUGACAAGGGUGGACACAAGACAUUCUAUGCACCUGAACCCACCUUACCUCUACUACCUUCCAGUCAGGCCUGCUCCAUACAUGAUGUUGACCAGGGAGAUGUAGUGAAGCAGCUGUAUGUGACACGUCCCGGGCAUGGGAAACAGCACGUCACCUGUACCCGAGUACAGGACCAGAUCAAGUACCUUUACCAGUGCCAUGGAGACGUCAUGUUUAAGACAUCCUCAAAACUCCUGUGGGAAUACUUCAUAGACAUGCCAGCAAAGAAGUACACAAGAGUAGUGAAUACCCUCCACUCCAGGGGGGACGGGAUCCCAGUACGAAUGCCGUACGUACAGAAGUGUGCGUCCGACUUCUCCUCCCUGUUAGAUGAUGUGCUUUGUGAUGUCCCAAGGGAACUUCUGGAGAAUUAUAUCAAUGAGGACCUCAUGGAAUGGAGGGAACAAUUAAUAUCAGAUUCAGCUGAAACAGGAGGGAGUAUGUGCUACCAGGAGCUCUGCAGUACUGCACAUGGCUGCAAGGGGGCAAUACUGUACCCUAGUUCUCCUUCCUUAGAUGUUCUCAAUGUUGGGACACUGUCGGUAAAAUACCAGACCGACGACAAUGAUGUUUCCCAAAACACAGAAGUCAUGCUUGAUCCCGCCACUCAGCAGUUUUCUCUGAAUGGCAGAAUUCUUCAGUGUGAGUCUGUAAAAGUCCAGAACAGAGACAUGUUUGCGGUGAGAAGCAACUACCACUGCACCACUCUGUCUUUUGACCCCACCGAGGGAGACCAGGGAGAGGCAAAGGUGCUUCAGACAGUGCAGUUUGACAAGAGCCCAACUUCAGUAGCCUUGAGCCCCUACAUCGCAGGGGAGGUCGUAAUUUCUACAGAAACUGGGGCAACUUAUCUACUGUGGGAAAAUGGAAGGUUACAGCAGGUAGUUCCUGAUCAGGACAGCACACUGAACUUUGUGUCUGACAGCACACAGAGAGCCUGCCACUUCGGCUCACAUCCCCGUCUACUGGUCUACUCCGACAGCACGGGAGUUGAACUUCGAGAUGUCAGGUCAGGACCACAACAUGACAGGAGACCCCUCUUUUCACUUCCUUCACAGUGGACAAUGAAGGGAGAGAGAGUCAUGUUCAGCCGAGUCUGUCCCACAAACUAUUUCCAACAUGUCGUCGCCAUGAAACGUUCUCUGGUCGUCGUUGACGAGAGGUUCCCCCAGAAUGCUCUACUGAAGUGGAGUCACAUGCUGAAGUCGCCACCAGUGUUCAUGGACAUUGUCAGCCAUAUGACCCAAGAUUUGAACAGUCAUGUGAUCCUUCUAGCCAAUCAGAGACCACAGGAAACCACCUGUUUUCAGUAUGUAAAUGAGGGAAGUUGCCCUCCCAUGUCUGUGACCCAACCGUUUUCAGUAUCCAAGGUCGGCAGUUGGCUGCCACGUUUGACUCCGCAGCAACGGACUUUCUCCAACAGAUUUCUGGAGAGAAGACUUCAGAGACCUCUUGUUGGAUUGUGUUCUGUGAGACACAGCAGCGAAGACUCAGGUUUCUCUGUUUUGCAGAUGACCUCCGCAGGGGACAUGUUCUACCAGAGUUUCAUUCCUGACGACAGGACGGACAUAACGGCAGGUAGAACCACUGAGUCUGGACCAAUCAGAUUGUCCCAAUCAUCCACGGAGAGGUGCUUAUCCUGGAUGGACACAGUCGUCGCACAGAGCCAAGAUCCAGAUGUUUGCUACCCCAGCUUGACAAGAGUGCAAUAUAAAGACAUGGCCAAAGCCAAGCCUUUGGAAAGGAUUCGGUAUCGCCUGGUUCAAAUGAAGAAUGCUAAACCUCUUGUCAAUGCAUUUGCAGCUGAAACAUUGGCCAACCCCAGCUGCACUCUCUGUAAGCCCAACAGCACCCUCGUAGAUGUUGAGGGCCAGGAUGACAUCUGUCCAUCAUGUCAUCAUGACAUCAAGUUCAGUUCAAGUCUGUCAGCGGCACACAAGAGCAACAAUAUCCUGACAUGUCAGAGUCUGGGGGAUGCAGAUAGGACACAACAGGCAAGGUAUGACUUGAACUUGAUUGACCCCACUGAGUCCAGUGAUCAUCUCAGCACGGUGCUGUUUAAAACAUGGGAUGGAGACUACGACCAGUACUUUGCAGAGAAGUCUAACAAAGGUGGGGAGUUAUCUGGGACUGGAGAACAGAUGAGACCAGGGAAGAGAAAGCGACGCCCGUCAGGUGACCAGGUCAUCACGUCCACACCUGCUCGGCCCGAGGCCACGCCCCUGUCCUUCCUGUCCCCGAUCUCCCUCCCCACCCCAGGGGGAUUCUCCCCGUCCAGGUUCCAGGCAGAGGACACUGACAUGUCCCUCAGCAUCACUCCCAAACCCAGAGCCUCAUCAGGCAAAGCAAAGAAGAGGAAGUCCAUCAUGGGUUUCUAACUGAUCCUAGACAAAAUGUAGCAGCUGCGCUUAUUUUGAGCGUAUUGGUGGUGUUUGGACAAUGUUUUGGAGGUGCAUGCUUUUUACAGAUACCCAACUGGCACAGUACAUGCAUCUCUAGAAAACAGUUUGAAAAAGACAGCAUCAAACAUGUUCAAAGCAUGCCUGGCUGCUACAUCUUCUUGGGGAUUAUGGUAAUUCUAACAGCAUUAGGUAUGAAAGUAUUUUUAAAAGAGCAGUAUCAUGAUAUAUCGAAAGCUUGACUUUAGAUGUUGUUUGUGUGUUACGUAUAUUGGGAGGGUAUCAUUUUUGCAUUAAAGUUAUUUCAGUUUGUUUGAAACAGUUUCACAUGCAUGCAAAAGGCAACUCAUUUAGUUCUGUUUGUCCCAUUUAUCAGAACGUUGACUUGCAUGUAGAUUUUUAACUUGUUAAGCGCUGCUUCAUCAGUUAUACUAUCUUAAACAAAGGGUAUUUUCAUCCCGCUUGGAAAACCUCUGAAACAGUAUUAUCCUUUUCAUUCUUAUAAGUUCAAGCUGUCUAAAGGAUAAAAAAACAGUUCUUUUAAAGUGUUAAUUGUUUACUUGAAUCCCGUGACAUGUAAAUCAAAGUGAGUUUAUUUGUAGUAGUUACUGUGCAGUCAAUGAAACGUAUGGUUACUGAUGUUCUUUGACAAAGUUAAUCAACCAUUUGCUAAAUAGUUCAAACCAACGUCUACUUGCUGUAUCAAGCUUAAGGUUCAUCUUAGAUAUUAUAGAUAAGACUUGACCACAACUACCUCCUCAACAUGAGUGCAGAAUAUUCAAUUCAAUACUGUUCCCAAACUUGCAAAUGUGAUGGGUGGUAUCUACGUAGCAAUAUGUAGAGGGUAAAUUCUUUUAUACAGUAGAAUAAUACCAAAAAUUUUGAUAUCUUCUUAUGUAAUAAUAGAUAAAUACUAUAUAUUUGGGAAUUCAUUUUCUACUACAAGGUAUUGUUUAAUGAAAAACUUUGGUUUCAGUUUUUACACCCUGGUCCCACAUAGUUUGUUGUAAUUCAGAUUAUAUUUUUAGAAGACCUUUCAGCAUUUGAACUAUGGUCUUGAUGGAAUUGGAUACUUUGUGUGGCUUUGCCUACUACAUAACUCCCAUAACAGCUUAUUUGUAACGUUAGAUUUUCAGUUUUCUAUGAAUGUAUAUUGUUUUUAUGGUUGAUAUGCAAGGAAAUACCUUUCUAAAUGGUAUGUUUAUUUUUCUAUGUAUGAUCAAAACGUUAUUUUUCUACUCAUGUAGCAGUAGAUAUUCUUGGUAUAACGUACACGUAUUUCACCCCUUCAGGUGCAGACAUUAUGAUAAGGCAGUUCUCUAGAUUGGAGUAUCAUUUUUUACAAAUUUUAAAGCCUGCUCCACGAAUGGCUGUUAUAUAAGCUCGCUGAUAUACUUAGUUGAUUGAACAAGCAAACUGUCCUUUGGAUGAAAGGACAAACGAAUUUAUCGGUCUUUGAAAUCAUACCUGUAGGAAUAAAUUGCCCUUCGUGCAGUGCCAUGUACUCUAUUUAUAUUAAAUGUAGGUUUUACAUCAAAAUUAGGUUUUUGUAUAUUUGGUCCUGGAGAUAGUAUAGUGCUUUUUAGUGACAGAUAGGUGUUGACAUAGGGAAGAAGUGAUGUAGGAUUGGGCCCCCUACCAGCUUGCUCUUUAACUACAGGGGCGUUUGUUUAAACAUUUCAAGGCAGAUAACAUUUGAAUUUUUCAUGAUAAAUAAAAACGCGAAAUUCUGCCAAAGGAAAGAGUUUUCGCGCAUGCAAUGUAUAAUUUUAGUAGAGAAUACAAUGAAUUCAAAUAAUUCAUACUAAUUUGCAUAACCAAUGAGACAAGAUAAAAUACAAAAGCUCUAAAUA